CACUUUGGUGUUUGGUGCUUUCUCUGGUAGGGUCAGGUCAGGACUGACCUCGACACCUUUCUAUCUGAGAAUCUUCAGAAGGUUCUGUAAUUUGACAGUUGGUUGCCCACUUUCCCCAACUCAACCUCAAGACUUUUGUCUUGAAUACCAGAAAGAAACUAUGAUUUAUUUUGUUUGUUUGUUUGUUUGUUUAUGGAAUGUUUCACCUUCAGUUAUUUUUCUUGAGUCUGACCUCUUUUUCCAAAAUGAAUGAAUGGUCUUUCUCUUUUAGACUUACCUCUCUCCUCCCCUCCUUCGGCUCACCUCCUUGGUGCUUGUUGGGGAUUAGCCUGCCUAGCUGAGACAGAUUGGAGCGAGUCAGGGCUCCCUGAUGUAAGUGUAAGAGCCUGCUGUUCUGCUUGUGCAAGAGAAAGGGCUAUUGUGAGUAACUGCAUGUGUCUGUGUAUGUGAAAGUGUGUUUACAAGGGUGUGCGACUGCAAGUUAGAGACCAAAGUCCAAAGACAAUGAAAAUAAUUUUGUCUGUUGGCUGGGGUCAGUUUAUCUGUAUGCGAGGGAAUUCAUAAAGAUUCUAAACGUCACCAUCCUGUUAGGAGAUGCACGCAACCAGCCACCAAAACAGCCAACAAUAUGACAGGUUGGUUAUUAGCAGCAGCAAUACACGUGGUUAGUCGCAUGGGACUUGGAAAACAGUCCUGAUAAUCAGGCUUGCUGAAAAUAGGAGUUUGGAAUAAGAAGCAAUGGAACUUGGCGUCUGCAAAUGCUUUGGAUGUUUGUGUGUGUGCUUGGAUAUAGGACCAGGGAGGGUGAGGGACACUCAGAAUGAGCUUGUCCCUGUUGGGGGUGCCUGUCUACUUGGGGCCCAGCUUCCUCACUCGGCCUUUGUAUGGCUUUGGUAAUCUGACUGACUUUAUUGCUGUGGAAUUGGUCCGUGCAACUCCAAGCCAAGCACAAGCUGUUUUUCCACCUGAGCUUGUUAAGUUGGGAGUCGGAGCCAGCUCCUCCAGUGCUUCUAUCUAUAAAACCCAGUGCAGUCCUGCUCCAUUCGCACCGAGUUUUCUUCCCCAUACUCCUCUUCCCCUGAUGGGCGCCACAUCCCAGAGUUCCAGAGGUCCACCAGCGUCGCCGUCACCCACACCCUAACAGCCGCCGUCGCCAUGGAGAUGAAGCAGUCCAUGAUGAGCAUGGAAAACGAGGGAGAAAAGGACAAACCCGAGGGAUCACAGGAGAACGGACUCCUUAUGGGAGACAAUGCCGCUGAGAAAGGUCAGAAGGUCAACUCGGGCCCAGCGCAGGUCUCCAACGGGUACCCAAGCACCUCGCCCCAGAGCCCGAGGGAGGGACACACGGCCGAGGGGAACUGGGUCCCCGGCCCUGGGCCUCUCCGAACCCUAGUGGUCCAACAGACCAGUCUGGACCCGCCCCGUGAGACAUGGAGCAAGAAGAUGGAUUUUCUGCUGUCUGUGAUUGGAUAUGCCGUCGAUCUGGGCAACGUCUGGCGGUUUCCAUACAUCUGUUACCAGAAUGGAGGAGGUGCGUUCCUCCUGCCCUACCUGCUGAUGGCGGUGUUUGGGGGCGUGCCGCUCUUCUACAUGGAGCUGGCCCUGGGUCAGUUCCACCGCAGUGGCUGCAUCUCCAUCUGGAAACACAUAUGCCCCAUCUUUAAGGGCAUAGGCUUUGCUAUCUGCAUCAUUGCCCUGUACAUCGCCUUCUACUACAACACCGUGAUGGCCUGGGCCCUGUACUACCUCCUCUCCUCCUUCCGAGCCACCCUGCCCUGGACCACCUGCACGAACCCCUGGAACACCGUCAACUGCACCCACUACCUGUCCACCGACCUGAACGUGUCCUGGACCAACAUCUCCACCUCCCCCGCCGAGGAGUUCUAUACGAGGCAGGUUCUGCAGGUCCACCGCUCUCCAGGUCUGCAUGAACUGGGCUCUGUGAGUUGGCAACUGGCCCUCUGUCUGCUCCUCAUCUUCACCGUUGUCUACUUCAGCAUCUGGAAGGGCGUCAAGACCUCAGGCAAGGUGGUGUGGGUGACGGCUACCUUCCCCUACUUGGUUCUGUUCAUCCUGCUGAUUCGAGGAGCCACUCUCCCUGGUGCCUGGAGAGGUGUGGUCUUUUACCUGACGCCUGACUGGGAGAAACUUUUCUGCGCCUCGAUAUGGAUAGAUGCUGCCGCGCAGAUCUUCUUUUCCCUGGGUCCUGGUUUUGGUGUGCUUCUGGCCUUUGCCAGCUAUAACCCAUUUCACAACAACUGUUACAAAGAUGCUCUGAUGACGAGCUCGGUGAACUGUCUGACCAGUUUCCUCUCGGGCUUUGUAAUCUUCACUGUGCUGGGCUACAUGGCGGAGAUGCGACACCAAGCCGUGGACACCGUUGCUAAGGACGCAGGCCCGAGUCUACUGUUCAUCAUAUACGCUGAGGCCAUUGCGAAUAUGCCGGCGGCCACUUUCUUCGCAAUUAUCUUCUUCCUCAUGAUCAUCAUGCUGGGCUUGGACAGCACGUUUGCCGGACUGGAGGGGGUGAUCACUGCCAUGCUGGAUGAGUUCCCGCAUCUCCUGGCCAAGAGGAGAGAGUGGUUCGUGCUGGGCCUGGUGUGUGUCUGCUACCUGGGCGCGAUCUCCACACUGACCUAUGGUGGGGCGUUUGUGGUGAAGCUGUUUGAGGAGUAUGCCACUGGCCCAGCAGUCAUAACUGUGGUCUUCCUGGAGGUCAUUGCUGUUUCGUGGUUUUAUGGAACAACUCGUUUUUGCAGUGAUGUGAAGCUGAUGCUGGGCUUUGCCCCGGGUCGGUUUUGGAGGCUGUGCUGGGUGGCCAUCUGUCCCAGCUUCCUGCUGUUCAUCAUUGGUAGUUUUCUGGCCUUCCCUCCUGAAGUGACGCUGUUCCACUAUCACUAUCCCUUCUGGACCACGGUGCUUGGCUACUGCAUUGGCGUCUCCUCAUUCAUCUGUGUGCCCGCAUACAUGGUUUACCACAUGCUUACCACCAAAGGGACCUUCAAACAGCGGCUCCUGAAGGGCAUCACGCCUGAGGUCGGAGGAGUGGACGGAGGCCCCCACAGAGACGUCAUCAUCACCAACGCUGUGUGAUUGCGCGGGACCACAUCGCCCCCUGCUGGACAUGUAGCACAACUGCGGGGUUGGAGGGGGAGGGUGACCUCUCCCAGUGCCCCUUCCCAUGUCUGUCUGCACCCUCUGCCCCAUGUCCUUCUCCAGACCCCACUCCCCACAGCUUGGGGCAGGGAGGAGCUCUCUGCACUCCACUGUGGGUGACUGGGGGGUAUUUCGGGGCCAUUACACUGCAGCUGCCCAUUACGUCCUCUUCUUGUGACCAUUCGCUAGCCCCUGUUGCAGUGUUUUUCCAUAGAGUUGCAUUACUCACUUCACCUCCUAGCUGUAUAAUGUGAGUGAAUAUUGACAACUGACGUAGCACAAGACAUCUUGUACAUAUCUGCACUUCUGGAUGUCUCGACAUGAGUGGCACAUUUUGUAAACCUAAUGUUUAAACUUCAAGUCUCAACUUGUUUCAUCUUAGUUUCAGGUGAAUCUUCUUAGGUGAAGUUGAGUCUUUCAUUGAUCCAUAUGUAGUGUGUCAUGGCCAUUACAGUUACCAUUCAGCCUAUUUCUGUCUCACAGAGAAACUAAUUCUGAUCGUUUAUUCAUUCGAAGAAAAAAAAUCAGGUAACUCUUACUUUUCUAUAUGAAGCCAAAUAUUGAGAUAUUUUUGUUGAUAUAAAUACAGGUAUAUCCAAAUGUUACUUCAAUGAGGGUCAGACUGCUAUUGAUGAGGGAAGCCGGGAUAGACAUAGUCGUGUAAGGGUUUAGGAUUGUGUUUGGGACAUUUCUUUCCUAGCUAGAAUGUCAGGAGAACAGCAAAGAGCUUCUCAAAGCAAGAGUUUUAGACCGAUCAGUGAUAGGUGUGACUGUGUGUGUAUGCAAGCAUGGCAUGUAUCAUUAUUGAGCCUACUUUACGAGAGCAUCAACAUUCAAAGUCAGCCCAGAGAAGUCGGGCAACAAUAAUGGUGAUAAUCUCACACUAAAGUACAGUCUGUCUAUAUAAGAUGUGUAUUUAUUUCAAGAGCUGAUAUUUUGAGUUGCAUAGUUGAUAUACUCAUGUAAUGCUGACAAUUAUGUCUAUAUUAUUUUCUCUGAGCGUAUUCAGUUACCAUCCACACAUUCCUAACAUUUGGUGGACCCUGAAAAUGUUAUCCAGUACAACUGUCAAACACAUCAACAUUGAGGCCUUAGUGACCUCAGAGCUAUCACCACUUUUUUUUACUUUUCACCUGUGUCUUGUUGUGUUUGAUUGGAAAAUAGUAUGUAAAGGAAUGUGCAACUGUAGUUUGCAGAUUUUUGUGUAAUCAAAACUGUCAACCCCUUUCAACUUUUACUGAGUGCUGAUAGUUGACAGAGAGGAAGAAUGUGUGUUUGUGUCUCUCUAAGUGUGCAUGAGUGUGUGUUGGCGUGUGUGUCUCUGUGUGUGUGUGUGUGUGUGUGUGUGUGAGAGAGAGAGAGAGAGAGAGAGAAAGGGAGCGAGGGUGAGAGUGACAAUCCUCGUUAGACUGUUAAAUCUUUCUGCUGUGUGUCGUUUGGUGGUUGGGAGGACUGGAGCCACAGUGUGUGUAGUCAGUGUGUGCAUGCUCGCUGAUGUGGUUAUACUGUGCUUCUCUUUUGUGCCUUGACAUUGUGACACUAUUCUGUCUUGUUCAGCGGGAUUCACUGUUACUACAGUAAAGUCAAUUCUUCUCUUGUACCUCUGAAACCUGUUGUUGGUUGAUGUCCGUAAGAUUGUAUUGGAAUAAAAAAAAGUUAUAGAAUAAAGAUAUAUAUAUAUCAAAUAAAAGAGAAGUAUAAGUAUA